AUGUCCGGCGCUCUCAAGGUUGACUGGUCCCCAAUAUCAUGUACACUGAUCCAAGGCUCCAAAUCGGCCGUUCUCGUCGACACGCCAAUAACAAUCAAACAGGCCGAAGAUCUCGCAGAAUGGAUCAAAGCGACCCUAUCGCCGGGAACGAAACUAGAGUACAUCUACACUACGCACGCGCAUGGGGAUCAUUACUUUGGUAAUCCGAUUAUUCUUGACCGAUUUCCUGGCGCGAAAUGCGUUGCAACAGCCUCUGUGGCUUCUGGGAUCGAGAGGACACUUGCUGCAUCCAUUCCUAGAUGGCAGGGAUGGUUUUCGAAUGGUCAGAUCCUAGCAGAGAAACAAAGUGUUCCCGAGUCCCUUCCACAAACAGGCGAAUUCUUCCUUGACGGGCAUAGCCUCUUCGGCAUUGACGUUUCGCACUCCGACACAGACGCCUCAUCCUUCCUACACGUUCCUGAUCUAGAUCUCGUUGUUGCGGGCGACAUCGUCUACGGCGAUUGUCACCAAUUUCUGGCCGAAGCCAAUACUCCCGAAAAGAGGAGAUAUUGGCUUGACGCACUAGACCAGAUUGCCGCUUUAAAGCCAAGUAUUGUUGUGCCUGGGCAUAAACGAGCUUCUCAGGUGGAUGGACCAUACUUGAUUGAUAGGACAAGGGAAUAUAUUCAAACGUUUGAGCGGGAGUUGGAACGCUUGCGGGAUGCAGAUCAGCUUGAGCAGAGUUUAAAAGAGUUGUAUCCGCAAAGGUGGAAUGGGUUCAUUUUGGAUAGAAGUUGCAAGACUUCUGUAGCUGCUCUUGAAUAA